GAGAGGUGGGGAAAACGGCGCGCGCACGCUCCAAACCGGAUUUCAGAGCGCCGGCGACCUAGGUUCUUCCUUUAACAACAUGGCGCCGAAAAGCACCGGUGGUGGCAGGCAGUGCUCGAAAAAGGAUGCCGAUACUGGCUUCCUGGGGCUGCGACCCACUUCGGUGGAUCCGGCUCUGAGACGGCGGCGGCGCGGCCCGAGAAACAAGAAACGGGGCUGGAGGCGGCUUGCUGAGGAGCCGCUGGGGCUGGAGGUUGAUCAGUUCCUGGAGGACGUGAGGCUACAGGAGCGCACGAUCGGUGGCUUGUUAUCAGAGGCCCCAGAUGACAAACUCUUCUUUGUGGACACUGGCUCCAAGGAAAAAGAGCAGAGCAGGAAGAGAACCAAGGUUCAGAAGAAGUCGCUGCUUCAGAAACCCCUGCGGGUUGACCUCAUCCUUGAGAAUACAUCUAAGAUCCCUGCCCCCAAAGAUGUCCUCGCCCACCAGGUCCCCAAUGCCAAGAAGCUCCGGCGGAAAGAACAGCUAUGGGAGCGGCUGGCGAAGCAGGGUGAGCUUCCCCGGGAGGUUCGCAAGGCCCAGGCCCGGCUGCUCAACCCUCCCACGCCCAAGAGGAAGCCUGGACCACAGGAUGCUGUUGAGCGGCCCUUCUACGACCUGUGGGCCCCAGACAACCCCCUGGACAGGGCGCUGCUUGGCCAGGACACCUUUUUCCUCGAGCAGACCAAGAAGAAAGGCGUGCGGCGCCCACAGCGUCUCCACCGCAAACCUUCCUCAGCCCCUGCCGUGGAGGUGAUGCCCGCUGGAGCCUCCUACAACCCGACUUUUGAGGACCACCAGGCCCUGCUCUUGGUGGCCCAUGAGGUGGAGCUGCAGCGGCAGAAGGAGGCCGAGAAGCUGGAGCGGCAGCUGGCGCUGCCUUCCCCCGAGCAGGUUGCCACGCAGGAGACCAUGUUCCAGGAGAUGUGUGAGGGGCUGCUGGAGGAGUCGGACGGGGAGGGUGAACUCGGCCAAGAUGCAGCCAGCGAGGUGGGGGGAGCCCAGGCUGCUCCCCAGCCUGCCCUCCCAGCCACCGCCAUGGAGAAGAAGACCGAGCAGCAGCGGCGGCGGGAGAAGGCAGCCCGUACACUGCGGGUACAGCAGGCCAUGCUGCGUGCUGCCCGACUCCGGCGUCAAGAGCUCUUCCGGCUGCGUGGGAUUAAGGCCCAGGUGGCCCAGCGGCUGGCAGAGCUGGCGCGGCGGCGGGAGCAGCGGCGGCUGAAGCGGCUGGCAGAGGAUGACAAGCCCUGCAGGCUGGGGCGGCUCAAGUACCAGGCCCCCGACAUUGACGUGCAGCUCAGUUCAGAGCGGUCUGACUCACUGAGGGCCCUGAAGCCUGAGGGCAACAUCCUCCAAGAUCGCUUCAAGAGCUUCCAGCGCCGGAACAUGAUUGAGCCUCGAGAGAGAGCCAAGUUCAAGCGCAAGUACAAGGUGAAGCUGGUGGAAAAGCGGGCAUUCCGAGAAAUCCAGGUCUCGCUAUGCAGUUGUCACUAUGCUGACCUUGAACAAUGCACUUAUGUGGCCCAGACUGGCCUCAGAUUCACGGUGAUCCUCCUGCCUCAGUGUCCCAAGUGCUGGGAUUGCAGGUAUGCGCCCCCAUGCCCAGAUCAGUUUAGUUUUGUGUGUGUUUUUCCUGUUGCCAGACAGACCACAAGGGCUCCCUAGGCAAGUGCUCUGUUC